GCGGCCGGCAGGGUCUCCGGAAGAGGGGCUGGAGCGCCCCGGGCCCUCGGGGGCUGCUGUUGGGCGCCACAAACUUAAAGGGCCCAAGGGCCGGGGGCGCACACGGCGGCGGCGGCCGCGGGCAUGGAGGGCGCGCUGGUGGCCAACUGGAGCACGGAGGCGGUGGGCGCGAGUGAGGGGCCUCCGGGGACUACGGACAACGGCACGGUCGGGCCGCCGCAGCGCAACGAGGCCCUAGCGCGCGUGGAGGUGGCCGUGCUGUGCCUCAUCCUCUUCCUGGCGCUGAGCGGUAACGCGUGCGUGCUGCUGGCGCUGCGCACCACGCGCCACAAGCACUCGCGCCUCUUCUUCUUCAUGAAGCACCUGAGCAUCGCCGACCUGGUGGUGGCCGUGUUCCAGGUGUUGCCGCAGCUGCUGUGGGACAUCACCUUCCGCUUCUACGGGCCCGACCUGCUGUGCCGCCUCGUCAAGUACCUGCAGGUGGUGGGCAUGUUCGCCUCCACCUACAUGCUGCUGCUCAUGUCGCUGGACCGCUGCCUGGCCAUCUGCCGGCCGCUGCGCACGCUGCGCCGCCGCACCGACCGCCUGGCUGUGCUCGCCACGUGGCUUGGCUGCCUGGUGGCCAGCGCGCCACAGGUGCACAUCUUCUCGCUGCGCGAGGUGGCCGAGGGCGUCUUUGACUGCUGGGCAGUCUUCAUCCAGCCCUGGGGGCCCAAGGCCUACGUCACGUGGAUCACGCUCGCCGUCUACAUCGUGCCGGUCAUCGUGCUGGCCACCUGCUACGGCCUCAUCAGCUUCCAGAUCUGGCAGAACCUGCGGCUCAAGACGCUGGCGGCGGCCGCGGCGGCCGCGGGGCCCGAGGGGGUGGCGGCUGCGGCGGCGGCGGGCGGCGCGGAGCGCGCGGCCCUGGCGCGGGUCAGCAGCGUGAAGCUCAUUUCCAAGGCCAAGAUCCGCACGGUCAAGAUGACCUUCAUCAUCGUGCUGGCCUUCAUCGUGUGCUGGACGCCGUUCUUCUUCGUGCAGAUGUGGAGCGUCUGGGAUGCUGAUGCGCCCAAGGAAGCCUCGGCCUUCAUCAUCGCCAUGCUGCUGGCCAGCCUCAACAGCUGCUGCAACCCCUGGAUCUACCUGCUCUUCACCGGGCACCUCUUCCACGAACUGGUGCAGCGCUUCCUCUGCUGCUCCUCUGGCUUCCGGAGAGGGGCCCGGCAGGGCGAGACCAGCGUCAGCAAGAAGAGCAACUCCUCCACCUUCGCGCUGAGCCGGCGCAGCUCCAGCCAGCGGAGCUGCUCGCAGCCCACCACCGUGUGACCCCGCCUC